CUUUUGUUUCCAUUCCAGAUCUGGUAACAGAUUUGCUGUUUCCCUUGGACAAAAUACAGUGAGGUACUCAUUCUACCAUGGGCAGUCUUGCUGAAGCAAACACCAACUUCACUUUGGACUUCUUAAAAAUGAUGGAAGAAAAUCAAUCCAACAAAAACAUCUUUUUCUCUCCGUUGAGUAUCUCAGUGGCUUUAGCUAUGGUCUAUUAUGGUGCCAGAGGUAAAACUGCUGCUGAAAUGGGAAAGGUCCUUCAUUUUGAUAAAAUCACAGAGUCCAGGACAUUGACAAACUUGCCUGCUCAGUGUGACAAACCUGGGGGACCGCACAACCAGUUCAAGGAACUCCUAUCAGCCAUUAACCAACCUGCUAAAAGUUAUACAUUGAGCACAGCCAAUCGGCUGUAUGGAUCGAACACUCACGAAUUUCUCCAGCAAUACAUGGAGUGCAUUAAGGAGCUUUAUCAUGCAGAAUUGGAAACUGUUGACAUUGUGAAUGCCACGGAGGAAGUUAGAAAGAAAAUUAACUCCUGGGUUGAAAGUCAAACAAAUGGUAAAAUUAAGGAUCUGCUUCCUGAUGACUCACUUUCCAAAGAUACUGCAUUAGUCUUGGUAAAUGCUAUAUAUUUCAAAGGAAAGUGGAAGACGGAAUUUAAUCCCAAGCACACACAAGAAGCAGACUUUUGGACCAGUAAGGAGCACCGCAAAAAAGUGCAAAUGAUGGUUCAAAUGGGCAGAUUUAAUUAUGCUAAAAUAACAAACCCACCAAUGGAAGUCCUUGAGAUUCCCUAUGACAAGAAAGAGCUAGGUAUGGUCAUCCUUCUACCGGACGAGAAUGGAACCACAAAAGAGAUUGCGAGGCAACUCACUUAUGAAAAAUUUCAAGAGUGGACCAGUUCGACAGGCAUGCAGAACACAUCGAUCAGGGUUUCCCUGCCAAAAUUCAAGGUGGAAGAAAGAUAUUCGCUCGGUUCUACUUUAAGUAAAAUGGGAAUGGAGGAUGUGUUUAAGUCAGACAAAGCUGAUUUAUCUGGCAUAGCUGGGAGUAGGGAUCUGGUUAUAUCUCAGGUUUAUCAUAAAGCUUAUAUUGAAGUGAAUGAAGAAGGUACCGAAGUAGCUGCUGCUACUGGUGUAGUUGUAAUUCCUGUAAGUGCACAAAUCAUUCCCGAGUUUAAUGCGAAUCACCCUUUUUUGUUCUUUAUAAGACAUAAUGCCACCAACAGCAUUCUUUUUGCUGGCAAAUUUUUCUCACCGUAA